UUGAACGUUCAACAAGGGAUUUUACACAGCUACUCAGGAGAAACGAAAUGAUCUGCCCUGGAGCCGCAGCAAAAUGCUGGAUGGACACCUACUCCUGGGAUGGUUAUCGAUCACAGUUAUAGUGUAUCUUCUCAGCUUACCUGGACCCUCCGCAGCUUAUUUCGGGUUGACAGGUAAUGAACCGUUGUCUAUCCUGCCACUGAACUCUCUACCAGAAGAGAACGUGGGCAGGGCCCACUACAAGCUGUGCGACCGGCUCAAACUGGAAAAGAAGCAGCGCAGGAUGUGCAGACGAGACCCGGGCGUUGCGGAGACCCUGAGAGAGGCCAUCACUAUGAGCGCCCUAGAAUGCCAGUAUCAAUUCCGCUUUGAGAGGUGGAACUGCACCUUAGAGGGGCGCCACCGAGCCAAUAUCCUAAAAAGAGGAUUUAAAGAGACAGCCUUCUUGUAUGCCGUCUCCUCAGCGGGCCUAACCCACGCGAUGGCCAAAGCUUGCAGCGCAGGACGCAUGGAGCGCUGCACGUGUGACGAGGCCCCGGACCUGGAGAACCGAAAGGCCUGGCAGUGGGGGGGCUGCGGAGACAACCUCAAAUACGCCAACAAGUUUGUGAAGGACUUCCUGGGCAAACGCUCCAACAAGGACCUGCGCGCACGUGUGGACAUGCACAACACAAAUGUGGGCAUGAAGGUAAUCAAGGCUGGAGUGGAGACCACUUGCAAAUGCCAUGGUGUCUCUGGCUCCUGCACCGUCCAGACAUGCUGGAGGCAACUCCUGCCCUUCCACGAGAUUGGAAAGCAGCUCAAAUCGCGCUAUGAGGCCUCCGUCAAGGUCGGCAGCUCCACCAAUGAGGCCACCGGGGAAGGAGAGAUCUCCACUGGCCGAGGCCUGCCGCAGCCGGAGCCACCGCAGCCCCUGCCCGGUCUAAAUGAUCAGAUCCCCCGCACUAUGGACUUGCUCCACAUCGAGGAUUCGCCCAGUUUCUGUAGACCCAGCAAGUACUCAUCGGGCACCGCAGCACGCAAGUGCUACAAGGACAAGAACUGCGACGCUAUCUGCUGCGGGCGAGGUCACAACACUCAAAGCAGGGAGGUGACCCGGCCGUGCCAGUGCCAGGUGCGCUGGUGCUGUUAUGUCGAAUGCAAGCAGUGCACACAGAGAGAAGAGGUGUACACCUGUAAAGGGUAAACCAGUCACCUGUCAGCGCCUUCGACCAACGGAGGGAGGUAAAGGUGGUUGUGUUGAAGAGGAGCGGUCGUUUUGUUCUCAUGCAAGGUUUUGCUUCCAGGGUCGGAACAGUGUUCUGUAAACAAAAGAGGAGCGAGCCGAGAAGCAAUAAGCACUUUGAGGGAUUUCUGUGGGUUGGGUUUCGGAGAUCCUGCAGAAUAAAAACUUUCUCAGACAACUGGGUCAACAUCUCAAGCUUUUUAUCACAGCGUUGCCUCGAAGAAAGAAGAUUUUACUUUCCUUAUUUUAAAAAAUCCACCAUGAGAAAAACAGCUUAGCGUCCAGUUAAUGAGGAUCCAACAUAAGGACAGUGACACCAACAGACUGAAUUCUGGGGCUUUGCCCAAAGAGAAAUGGUGUGUAUGUGUGAGUGUGUGUUUGCUGAUCUUUAUGUGUGUGUUUGUCAGCACGUGGUAGAAAGUGAGGAGGAGAGGAGUUCGAAUGACGACUUUUAUGGCAAUGAAAACCAUAUUCAGAGACUGCUAAAAAAUAAGACAGGGUGUAAGAAUUACUCUACACGCACAUAUUUACACUCACACACAUUGUGUGUUUGCAUAUGUAUGUAAAUAAAUUCAGUUAUAUUGUAAUAUUAUAUAAGCCACUUAUCUAACUAUGUUAAAACAAACCACUAACCACACAAAUGUUUUCUUGUUUGUGUGCUUCUUUUUCUUUUUGAUUCAUGUUGACAAGGCCCUUUGGAAAGCAGCACACGAGUGUCUGAUGUCUUGCUGUGGAUAAUUUAUAGAUCCUUUGGAACUACUCCUUCACCGGGAGAAAUGAAAUCUCUCUUUUUUAAAAAAAAAAAAUAUAUAUAAUAUGAAGCUGUUAGUAAAUACAUUAACAGAAAAGAACUAAACCAGUCAGUUUAGGCUAUUCUCGGCCUUGAGCGAACCAGUGUUCAGGGAAUAACUUAAACCACUAUAUCUGUUUGGAUAAAAUAGAAAGAAAUGGUGCAAAUGUAAUCCAAGUUGGGGAUGACAGUGGCCUUGUUGUUACAGCCGACAUCAUUACAACAGGUGAUCAGCAGACGGUCCACGUGUGACUCAGAUCAAAAUUUGUGGAGCUCUGUGGCGCUUAAAUCUACUUAUUAGUUUCGUUUGAACACUUUGAAGUUGUAAAGAAAACUGUGGAGAACUGGAGGAAUGUAGCUCCCUACCAUUUCAUAUUCGUCUUUUCCUCCUCAGCUGCCACAAUUACAUUGAGCCAUAUUCAACAUACAGACAUGCAGUGUGUACAAUGUAAGUUCAAACAGUAUGGGGCAACUACGACUGAAAUCUAACUUGUCUGCAGAUUUGCUCAAGUGAAGAUGAAAGUAUAAGCCUCGUAGCGAAUAUAAAUAUACCUUAUAAGACUAAUAUUUGUGUGAUGUUCUGUAAAUUGAUGUCUAAAUGUAAACCUAAGAGUUUUGCUAAUCUUCUGUCUUCUUUUUGAAGUCAGUGAAGUUGUUUUUAUACACGAGCUAAUUUGCUUUCUCAUAGUUGUGCCUGGCAUCAAGUGACACGGUUAAUGCAAUGCAGCAGUCUGACCCCACCAUGCAAGUACAGCGACACUUUAAAGGAGCAGCUUCACAUGUUAGGAGUCACACUUAUUCGCUUUCUUGAGAGCUCGAUGAGAAAGCUGGUUUACUUUGUGUGUUUCGCAAAAAAAAAGUCGGAGGAAACAGCUGUGUGGUUCUGUAACAAAAUCACCUUCCAGCAGAGCUAGGUUAGUUGUUUCCACUCUUUAUUCUAAGCUAAGCUAACCAGUAGAAAGAUAUGACGGCGAUAUUCUCAUGUUCAGCGAGUUCAUGUUAAGAAGAAAGCAAAUAAUUGUAUUUCCCAAAAUGUCAAAUUGUUUCGAAAAGCCAUGAUUACAAUCUUAUGCAAACAUACUUUUGUACACUCAAGCAAUGCAGACAAUAACAUUUCAGCUUCUGGGAACAUUAUAUAUAAUAAGAUAUAGGACCCUAUAUGCAAUAUUUUAGAUUGGUGUGAAUUAACUACUGAGUGAGGGACCCAGCUUUGUAUUAUAGCACCGUUCACGCACUGAAGCCCAAAAGCCCUUUAAAGUAUUUAAAGAUCUGUAUUUAUGGAUACAGUGCAGUGCAGAAUCUUUUUUUCCUUUUUGUUUUUUUAAAUGUAAAUAGCAAAGGUUUCUUCUCCUGUGGUAUAGAGACAAAAGUGAGGCACAUGUUCAACUCUCACAAGCAUCUGAAGCAGAAACUGAUAGCGAAAUAAAAAGGGUGAAGCAUCAUUAUCAUCAAUGCCGCACAGUGGCAGAUGUUCGUAAAAGUGGCAAAACGGACAGUUUAGUACUUAAAUAUGACAGCCAUUUAAAUCAAACCACCACCUUUGACAGCCAGAUCACGCUUUAGGAAGAGAACCCUGCAUGGCUUAUUUGUCCUGAGGAGAUGAAUUCCAAGCAUUUUGAUAUGAGAAGGCACGCCAAAUAAAGACUGGUCAAAACAUAUACAUAGAACUUUGCACGCUACAUGGAAACCAUAAUAGCUAUGCUGAGACUCGAAGCAUAAAUGCCUGCUUCCCACAGCUUCUGGUGUGUGCUCGCUCCACACACUCCUCGGCCCAAACACAGUGAAGUCCUCUACUGUUGAAUGGAUUUAAAACAGACACGACAGGAAUACCAAAUGCACACAGAGUGCAUUUUUGUUUGUGUAUAGAUUGUACAUAGACCUAAAAAUUUCUCCCAAGGAAGAGGAGCAUGAUGCAGCAGCCAGAUGCUUUUUAGAUGUCACAGUCGUCCGUAUUCUCGAAUCCAACACUCUGCACUGUUUAGCCGUCAGUGGAUCAUGUACAAAAUUCUAUUUUGUAGAAAAAAAAUGAAAGAUAAAUUAUUUUUAAAUAUAUUAUGAGCAUGUGUUCAGUGUAAAUAACGUCAAAGUCUAAAUUGAUUUUAUAUCUUGUAUUUUUUACUCUGUGUUUCUUUUGGGUGUUUGUUCCUUUUGGGGUGGAGGCUUCAAGAAGCAGUGUAUUCUAUCAACAUAUUUCACUUCGUAUCUCAGCGUCAUCUAUUAUCUAAAGCACUAACAAAUCCUAACAAAUUUAGCUGUCCUGUAUUCAUUCACAUGAUGAAACAUUUCUGAAAGCAUUCAAACAAAAUCACAGUCAUCAAGUAUAUUUUUAUAGGAUUUGAUCUGUUUGUAUAAUCACCUGUUUUGUGAAAAGAUUCUUGACUUUGUAAUGUUGGUUUCCACCGUAUGUACUGCAGUAUAAGCUGAUGAUUGCAUCAGUGUGGGCUGAUUUCUACUCGCCUUUGGGUCACUUUACAUGUACAUGUACUUUUUGUUAGGAUUUGUGCUGUGCUUGUAAAACAAAGAUAAAACACACCAACCAUGUAUUGCCCUUUGUGAUGAUAUUACACCAACAAAGCUUUGUCCAUGUUCACUUAUUCAUGUCUUAUGGGAACUCUAAAUUAUUUUCCUCUACCUCAUGUGUAUAGCUUGUAGGUAUAAACAGAUCACAAAUGACUGGUAAGAAUGUAUUUAAGUUAUUUAACAUCUUUGUAUAACAAAGGCGAAAAAAAAUCUGAAAUAAUAAAUGAAUUUUUAAAUUA